AUGAGGGUGCUGGUGAUGUUUGUUAUUGUGGUGUUGGUGGUGGUCAUGGUGAGGGUGCUGGUAGAGAGGGUGGUGAUGUUUGUUAUUCUGGUGGCGGUUGUGGUCAUGGUGAAAGUGCGAGUGGAGAUGGUGGUGAUGUUUGUUACUAUGGUGGUGGUGGUGGUCAUGGUGAGGGUGCUGGUGGAGAGGGUGGUGAUGCUUCUUAUUCUGGUGGCGGUGGUGGUCAUGAUGAGGGUGCUGGUGAUGUUUGUUAUUGUGGUGUUGGUGGUGGUCAUGGUGAGGGUGCUGGUGGAGAUGGUGGUGAUGUUUGUUACUAUGGUGGUGGUGGUGGUCAUGGUGAAGGUGCUGGUGGAGAGGGUGGUGAUGUUUGUUAUUGUGGUUGGUGGUGGUCAUGAUGAGGGUGCUGGUGGAGAUGUCGGUGAUGUUUGUUAUUGUGGUGUUGGUGGUGGUCAUGGUGAGGGUGCUGGAAGAGAGGGUGGUGAUGUUUGUUAUUCUGGUGGCGGUUGUGGUCAUGGUGAAAGUGCUAGUGGAGAUGGUGGUGAUGUUUGUUCCUAUGGUGGUGGUGGUGGUCAUGGUGAGGGUGCUGGUGGAGAGGGUGGUGAUGCUUUUUAUUCUGGUGGCGGUGGUGGUCAUGAUGAGGGUGCUGGUGAUGUUUGUUAUUGUGGUGUUGGUGGUGGUCAUGGUGAGGGUGCUGGUGGAGAUGGUGGUGAUGUUUGUUACUAUGGUGGUGGUGGUGGUCAUGGUGAGGGUGCUGGUGGAGAGGGUGGUGAUGCUUGUUAUUCUGGUGGCGGUGGUGGUCAUGAUGAGGGUGCUGGUGGAGAUGGUGGUGAUGUUUGUUAUUGUGGUGUUGGUGGUGGUCAUGGUGAGGGUGCUGGUGGAGAUGGUGGUGAUGUUUGUUACUGUGGUAGUGGUGGUCAUGGUGAGGGUGCUGGUGGAGAUGGUGGUGAUGUUUGUUACUGUGGUGGUGGUGGUCAUGGUGAGGGUGCUGGUGGAGAUGGUGGCGGUCGUGGUGGUGAUAAGGCGCUGAUCCAGCCGGAUUAG